AUGCAUGGCAGAAUUAAGGUUCGGACGUCAGAAGAAGAAAAAGCAAGAAAAGAAAAAGAAAGGCAAGAAAAACUAAAGAUUUAUAAACAUGCUAUGCAUCAAAUUCUUACCAAGAGAAAAAAUAUGGAACAGGAUGAAGAGCAGUUAGAUAUUACUGGGAAAGUUUUAUUAUCCAAUCCAGAUAUUUAUACAUUAUGGAAUAUAAGACGAGAAAUAUUGCUUAUUUUAUGUAAAACCAAAGAAAAUGAAGAAGAAAUUGCCAAAUUGUAUGAUUCUGAACUGAAUUUAACAGAAUAUUGUUUGAAAAUCAAUCCCAAGUCAUACUGUGCAUGGCAUCAACGAGAAUGGGUGCUUACAACAAGAACUGAUCCGGAUUGGAAGAAGGAACUAGCUCUUUGCAAUACUUAUCUCAAAUUAGAUGAAAGAAAUUUUCAUACUUGGGAUUAUCGCCGUUUUGUUGUAAGUCAAUGCAAACCACCUUUACAAGAUGAAUUUGAUUUUACUACUGAAAAAUUAUAUGAUAAUUUUUCCAAUUACUCUGCUUGGCAUUACAGGAGUAAAAUGUUAGUAGAAUUGUAUCCUGAUUUAAAAGGAGGAAGGCCAAUACAAGAUAAUCAUCAUAAACAUGAAUUGAAAAUGGUCCAAAAUGCUGCUUUUACUGAUCCUGAUGACACUAGUGCUUGGUUCUAUCAGAGAUGGUUAUUAGGUGCAGUCAAAGUUACUAUACAACCAGUUGCUUGUUGCAUUACAUCAUCCAAAGCAACCAUUGCGUGGAGCAAGAGUGUAUCAAAAAAAUAUAUGGAAAAUAAUAUAAAAGUCUAUUUAAAUAGUGUAGAAUUUAUAGGGGAAUGGAAAUCUUGUACUGGAUAUGAGUAUGAUGACUUAUGGAUUUUAGAGCAUAAACUAGAUGUUAUUGAUGGAGAAGUUAAGGUCGAGCAUAUCUUAUCAAAUGAACAAAAAGAAUUAAUUAUUUGUGAAAGUUAUGAACCAUCUGUAUAUGUGGGAAAGAAUGAAAUAAGCUUUCAAAAUCAAUACUCUGAACCAGUUGUGGAGGAGUUGAAUGAGCAACUUAGUGCUUGUCGGCAACUGCUGGCUUUGGAACCAGAUAAUAGAUGGACAUUACUCACAACUACCAUCUUCUUACAUUGUAUCAACGCAAGUCUAUACCACGAAGAAGUUAUAGCCAAUCUUCAAACACUAAAACAAUUAGAUUCUCAAAGAACAGGAUACUACAGUGAUUUAAUAUCUAGAUGGAACAUUGAAAAUCAGUUAACUGACAAUUAUAAAAGUACAUGUAUGCAGUACAAAAUAGAUUUUACCGAGAAAAUAACAAGUCUACCUCAUUUACAAUACUAUAGUUUUUGUAAAAUCGUUGAUUUAUCAAAUCAAGAGUUGACAUCGACGAUUUUACCAUCAUUAGUAAAAUUGCAGCAUUGUAAGGAACUGAACUUGUCUGGCAACAAAUUGACUACCUUAAAAGGUUUCCCAGCCUUGCAGUUGGAUAAAUUAAAUUUGCAAGAUAAUCCUGAACUAAAUCUGGGGGAAGUUACUGCAUUUAAAGAAAAAUACAAGAAUAUUAAUAUAGUAUUU